AUGAGAAGGCACACUAUCAAAAACCAUAUUGCUGCAAUUACUAAGGAUGAUGGGGAGAGUACCAGAUCCCAACAGCAGGUGGCAGAGGAGUUUUUGACCUUCUACAAGAAAUUAUUGGGGUCUGAAGAGGUGUGCAGACUUGUUAACACCUUGGUAAUUGAUUGUGGUCCAAUUUUAGUUAAGGAACAAGCUAAGGUGAUGGUGGAGGAAGUCUCUGACAAGGAAAUCAAGGAUUCCCUAUUCAGUACUGGGGAAGAUAGAUCUCCAGGUCCGGAUGGAUUCACCUCUGGUUUCUUUAAAGGGGCUUGGAACAUAAUUGGGAAGGAGUUUACUUUGGUAAAUGCUAAGAUCUUGGCCAAUAGGAUCAAGCCAUGGCUAGAGGUUUUGGUGAACAAAGCACAGUCUGCCUUUAUUGGGCAUAGAUGUAUGAUUGAGAACAUAUACUUGGUGCAGGAACUAGUUAGGAAGUAUGCUAGGAAGAGGGUUUCUCCUAGAUGCAUGCUCAAGAUUGACCUAAAAAAGGCUUAUGACUCUAUUUCCCGAGAUUUUCUAAGGAGUAUGUUGGAGCUCCUGAAGUUUCCUAAGGCCAUGAAGGGGUGGAUGAUGCAAUGUGUAGGCACUACUUCCUAUUCUCUGUCUAUAAAUAGAGGUAUGUAUGGAUUGUUUGAAGGUAAGAAGGGUCUCAAAAACAAGGUGACCCCUUAUCCUAUUCUGUUUGUGAUUUGCAUGGAUUAUUUGUCGAGAUUGUUGAAGUCUCUGGAAAGCAGUCUUGAAAUCAUAUUUCACCCAAAAUGUGCAUACCUUAAGAUCACUUACCUGGCCUUUGCAGAUGACUUGACAUUGUUUGCAAAAGGUGAUUAUUCUUCAAUUAAGAAGGUCAUGGAAUGCUUGGAUCUGUUCUAUGAAUGCUCAAGGCUGAGAGCUAGUGUGUUGAAAUAUAACCUAUACUAUGCAGGUUUAAAUGACAAUGCUUUAGAUGAAAUUGAGAGUUUAACUGGGUUUCCUAGAGGGGAGUUUCAUUUUUAG